GCUGGAAAGAAACUCUUACAUUUCUCUAUUAUUUUAUACGAAAAAACGAAUAUUUCGGCUUACAUCUUUGAAAUAUAAGUGACAAGGAUAUCAUAAUCAAUAAAAUCGUUAAAUAAAACGAUCAUGGGCUAUCAAUCUCUAAUCAUUGGCCAUAUGGACGAGGAUCUUCUUUGCCCCAAUUGUGCCGAUGUGCUGGAGGAGCCGAUGCAGUCUUCCAGCUGUGAGCACACCAUCUGUCUUCACUGCCUUCAGAAGUGGAUGCAAAAGAAUGAUAUCUGUCCCAUGGAUCGGUCGGAUUUAUCCCGCCAUCUGGCGAAUCGGACGAUGAGGGAUACAUUUCUUUUUAUCAUCGUAUCUGUGAAAGAUACCGUGCAUAUGAUUAAAAGUUACUAGGAAUGAGAUGAUAAAUCCAAUUUUAAGUUGAAUUUAAAUUAAAAUAAAUAGUUCUUGGCCCAAAC